UUGUGGUCAGUCAUGGCAGGCACACAGCAGAACGGUCUUCACUUUCUGAUGCUUGUAGUGUCUUGUAUCUUUGCCUUCCUCGCACCUGCUGCAGGUCAGAUCAGACUAGCUGGGUCUGGGUCCACUCGGUGCUCUGGAAGGGUUGAAGUCUAUCACAGUGGCUCCUGGGGAACAGUCUGUGAUGAUGACUGGGACUUAAAUGAUGCAAAAGUGGUCUGUAGAAGACUUGGCUGUGGGACACCAGUGGAGGCCACUGCAUCUGCUCACUUUGGUGCAGGAAGUGGAGAAAUCUGGCUUGAUAAUGUGGCCUGUUCAGGAAGUGAGAGUUCUCUAACUGCGUGUGAACACAGAGGAUUUGGGACACACAACUGUGGACAUGGCGAGGACGCUGGUGUUGUCUGUUCAGGUGCUCAUAUCAGAUUAUCUGGGUCUGGGUCCACUCGGUGCUCUGGAAGAGUAGAAAUCUACCACAGCAGUGCGUGGGGAACAGUCUGUGAUGAUGACUGGGACUUAAGUGAUGCUAAGGUGGUCUGUGGACAGCUGGGGUGCGGAACAGCAGUGGAGGCCACUUCAUCUGCUCGCUUUGGUCAAGGCACUGGAGAAAUCUGGCUUGAUAAUGUGGCCUGUUCAGGAAGUGAGAGUUCUCUAACCGAGUGUGGACACAAUGGAUUUGGGAAACACAAUUGUAACCAUGGUGAAGAUGCUGGUGUCGUCUGUUCAGGUUUGAUCAGAAUAUCUGGGUCUGGGUCCACUCGGUGCUCUGGAAGAGUAGAAAUUUACCACAGUAGUGCAUGGGGAACAGUCUGUGAUGAUGACUGGGACUUAAAGGAUGCUGAAGUGAUCUGCAGAUACUUAGACUGUGGAACAGCCCUGAGUGCUACAUCUGCUGUUUUUGGUCAAGGAAGUGGACAGAUCUGGCUUGAUGAUGUGGCCUGUUCAGGGAGUGAAAGUUCUCUAACUGAGUGUCGACACAGAGGAUUCGGGACACACAACUGUAACCAUGGUGAAGAUGCUGGUGUCGUCUGUUCAGUGAGUCUCCCAAAACCCAGCAUCUCUGUAAAUGAAGGUCAGGUUAGCUGGGGUCAGAACAUCAGCAUCACUUGUUCCGUCUCAUCUGAGUUCUUAGAUGGAACUUUCACCCUCAAGAAAACCUCAAGUAAUUUCAGUCAGACUGAAACAGGAUCCAGAUCUGCUACCUUCAAUAUCCACAGAGUGGACUUCAGUGAUGAUGGACUGUACCAGUGUCAGUAUGAGAAACGCAUUUCAAGUAACACAUUCAGCUCCCCCCUCAGUGACUCUGUCAGAAUCUCUGUUACUGUAAGCAAACCCAAUAUCUCCUUCAGUCCUGCUGGUGUGGUGACCUGGGGUCAGAACAUUGGAAUCUCUUGUUCAAUCUCAACUCAAACUUUAGGUGGAACGUUCAUUCUGAUGAAAACAUCAGAUUCAUUCAACAGGACCCAAAACACAAACACAAACUCUGCUACCUUCAAUAUUCCUGAAGUAGACUUUGAUGAUGAGGGAUUGUACCAGUGUCAGUAUCAGGAAAGCGGCCCAAGUCAUGAAUUUUACUCCCCAACAAGUGACUCUGUUAGGCUCUCUGUUACAGUGAGACUGCAGCGGCCCAGCAUCUCCUUGACGUCUCCUAAUGCAGGACUUGUCUGGGGUCCUGAAGGUGCACAGAUCACCAGGGGUUACAGCUUUGUCCUCACCUGUUCCAUUAACUCCACAUUUUCCAGUGGACAUUUUAUUCUGAGCUUCUCUGGCUCCAACCUCACAGAGCCAGCAGUCAACAACUCGGCCUCCUUUAGUUUCCCUGUAGCUGAGUAUGAACGGCAGGGCAACUACAGCUGUGUGUAUGAGGUCACAGUGUCCACACGGACAUUCACAUCUGCUGAAACUGCACUGAUUACUGUCAUCAUUAAAUUGUCUUUGAUGCCGCUGGUGUCCUCUGUAUCUGUUGUAAUCCUGCUGCUGCUGCUGUUGCUGAUCCUCAGAAGAAAACGACAACACAAGCAGCCUGCAGCUCUCAUCCAAACUCAAAUGGUUGUCCAAGUUGAGAAUGACUACACGUGGGGAGACAAUGAGGGCGAUGAGGAGGUCUAUAUGAAUGUUGAUCUGCAUCAAAAAAUAAAAGGUGAAGCUACAGGAGAGGAUGGAGACUUGAGCGAUGACUAUGAGGAGCCAGUGAAUGAUGGCGACUGUGAUUUUAAGGAAACAGAUCCCAGUGACUAUUACAGAUGUCCAAAAGAGGCCUGUAUGUUUGUAGACAAUCACAGGGAAGAAGAUGAUGAUGAAGAGAAAACUAGUCAUGCAGAAGAUGUCUUUGAGAAUGUAUCCCCUCCAUCACCAGUUUAUUAACAUUCAUAAUGACCUGAAUCGCAUAAACAUCCAAAAUACAACCACACCGAAAAUACCUGCAGGCCAAUAAAUGUUCACCAGUGUCGUAUGGGUUCUAUUUCUUCAAUAUACCAUUCUUUGUAACAAUAUUUCCCUGAUAUAAUGAAUGGUAUUUAGCAAUUAAUCUUGUAUUAUGUGGUCCAAACUGAAGUACUAUAAGUACUUUUAAAUUACAGUUAUUUUCGAUUCCUUGUGGCACCUGACUUCACAAUAUCCUGAUCUGUGAGUUUGAUAUCGGUUCUUAUUUAAAGGUUCCCCUUCUGGAUCUCUGCAGGCUGCAUGUCAAAGCUAAAUGUGAAGGCUGUGUGUGGGGGGAGGCUCAAAUGAUUGUAAAACUGUUUAUUGAAGUGUAUCGUUAAAAUUGGGCUUUGUCCCCUGAGGUUCUUGUCAUGUCUGCUCCUUGUUCAUGACGCCCACUUUCAAAAUAUCAGGAGAAAAUUGGCAAAAUUGCUCACCUUUAAGCUUUAUAGUGGGACUAAAACCAAUGGGUGAUGUCAACCGUUCUAAGGUUAUCCUUUCCUCUAACAUUAAAACAUUUUCUUUACACUGUAAGAAAAUAUUAGUUUUUUACCCUAAAUAUUGAAAUCCUCUUAUUCCAAGUAGCCUUUGACAAACACCACUGAACAAUUUAGGUUCAAAAAACUGUUUGACUUUUUUUCACCCUUCAUAAUCUUACAAAGAGUGCAUCAGUAAUGGAUGGAAACAUUCUUUUAAACAACCUUUCCUUUGAACCUUUUUUUUUUUCAUUUUAUUGAUUCAUACUGUAUUUUAUAUUUGAUCUUGGACGUGAAUCUGGGUUGGCUUCAUUUUAAAAUGUACAAGUCUGAGCCUGAAUUAUUGUUUUUCAAU